AUGAUUAAGGAGAAAAGACAGAAGAAGAAACAAAGGUAUACCGAAGAGGUAGAGACGGCGGGUCUGCUAGGAGGUGUGGAAUAUAGGGUAAAGGCAAAAGGAAGAAAAGUGGUCGAUGGGGAAGAGGAAAUUGAAAACGACAUUAGUAGGGAUGAUGUGAAUGUAGCAAUUGCAAGGUUGAAAAGAGAAAAGGCAACAGGGAAAGAUGGCUUAGAAAAUGAAGCACUGAAAUAUGGAGGAUCAGGGGUGAGGGAAAAGAUGUGGGGGAUUCGCAACAAGGUAUGGGAAGAAGAAGGGUGGCCGGAGGAGUGGAAGACAGGGCUACUAGUACCAUUGAUUAAGAAAGUACAAGGCAAAAAGGUGUAUGAAUAUAGAGGUAUCACACUCAUGUCCGUGGGAUAUAAAAUGUAUGCAGAAGUGCUUAGAAGGAGGUUGGAAAGACAGUUGGAAGAGAAGGGAAGUAUACCACAAAAUAAAACGGGUUUUAGUAAAGGGGUGGGAACCAUCGAUAACGUCUACGUGUUCAGCUAUCUACUUAAUAGGAAUCUAGGCUGGAAGAAAGGGAAGCUAGUCGCAUUGUUUGUAGACUUUAAGACAGCAUUUGACUCAGUUAAGAGGAGUAUCUUAUGA